GUGGACUGGAACCCGCUGCAGCGGGCCUCUUCCUCGCCUGCGCCAGAGCCUGCGGCCGCGGACCGCCGCGCGCUGCGCGAGCUCUGCGAGCAGCUCGAGGGGGUCCACGGUGACAUGGACACCGUGGUGCGGAAGCUGGGUUUCGAGAUCAACGAGAUCACAAGCUCUGGGACCGGGGAGAUUGUCAGUGACAAGGACAAGCCCGUGGACCUCAAGGUGUGGGUGACCGCGUUCGGCCGCAUAACCGACAUCCCGGUCGAGGAGGUGGAGUCAACCUUCCGGGUGCUGGACCCCGACGGCGCCGGGCUCGUGCCCGCCUCGCGCCUGCAGGAGGUCGGGGCGCUGGCGACUGCCAGCGACGCCGAGGAGGAGAGCUCCCCGACGAGACGUGCAUGGCGUUUGCGCAGUUCGCAGACGCGACUUCCACACUGGAAAGCUUAUCAUUCAGGGGGUCUGGGUCUCCAGCCCCUCACGGCGCCAGGCGAUGCCCUCCGCGCAAACCCCCACCUGCGGGCCAUCAACCUGUGGGGCAACCGGCUGUGCAACCGGGGCGCGGCGGCGCUCGCGGCGGCGCUCGAGGCGAACUUCGGCCUGCAGUAUCUCGGUCUCGGCCGCAAUCUGAUCACCCACGAGGGGCUUGAGAGGCUCUGCCAGAGCGUCGGUUAUAUCCAGGUUGACUCUGACAAGCAGGCCGCGAACGUUCAGAAGGCCAUCAAGGACUCCCAGAAGUCUGGGGACAAGAAGGGCAAAACCGUCGUGAAGAAGGACGGGCGCGGCCGAGACCGGUAUACGCCAGAACCACGUUGUGAUUCUCUCGAAGAGCUGAAGGACAGCGCGGUUGCCCCCCAGGUUGCGCGCGCGUGGUCAGUGGUUGUGGGCCAGCGAGUUAAAGCGUUUGUGAGAGGUGACCGUUGCAUCAUCUGCUGAUUGUUUACAUGUUGUUGUGUCCGUUGUAGUCCCUUCUCGCUAUUCCUUUACAUGUUUCAGGAGCCCUACGAGAGUGUGCAGAACCCGUAUGCGUUAUAUGCAUGUUGCGCCUCUGCCGCUGGCCACCGUGACGGAUGGUUGUGUAUAUGUGUACGGAUGGAUGUAUGGACGGACGACCGCGUACAUUCGAGUUGCGUGUUGUUGGACAAGUGGAUGUGAUUACGCGUUUUUAGGUCGCUGGCUAUGGUUCGUCGGACCGUUCGCUUGAUGUUGGUCCGCAUAAGAGCUGCAUGCUGUUGCUCAUCUGGAUGCGAUGUGUGUCAUGUCACGUCCUCUAGGAUUCCAGUCGAUUCUUGAUUGCUUGCGAAAUGUAUUAGCUCAGUGGAGCUGCUGAGGAUUGUGCAACUCCAGUCGCUGUUCAACGGUUUUCGGUCUCCGAGUUUCAGGG